AAUACAACUGGAACUGGAGGAACAAAAAGGGAGAGGGAGAACUAGGAAGAAGCAGAAGUGAAUGCUAAUUGAGUGGUGGGAUAACCUAAGCUAAGAUUUGAAUGGCAAAUCCGGAGCAUCCGCGUCUCAUAAUUCAUAAUUUUCUCUCUAUAGAUCUCUGUAAGGAACUGGAGUUUAUACACAAGAGCUGCGGCACCGUGGGUUACAGACCAAACGUCUUCUCUACAACGCUCUCUCAUCUCAUCGCAACUAACUCUGCCCACUUCAUUAUACCGUUCGUACCCAUUAGAGAGAGACUCAAAGACAAAAUGGAGGAGUUCUUUGGCUGUGAAUUCGAGCUCUUUGUUGAAUUCACCGGCUUGAUCAGCUGGACUAGAGGAGCAAGCAUUGGAUGGCAUAGUGAUGAUAACAGACCUUAUCUCAAACAACGCGACUUUGCGGCAGUUUGUUAUUUGAAUAGUUAUGGUGAGGAUUUCAAAGGAGGGCUUUUUCACUUCCAGGAUUGGGAACCUACAACUAUUGUGCCCAUGGCUGGUGAUGCUCUGAUGUACACAGCUGACAGCAGAAAUAUUCACUCUGUUGAUGAGAUCACUGGUGGAGAAAGACUCACACUAACUUUAUGGUUCAGCCGUGAUGGAUCCCAUGAUGAGGAUGCUAAACUUAUUUCCUUUCUCUCCCAAAGCCAAUUACAUAAUUCAGAAAACAGUCCUCAUCCACACCUACCAUUGUCAGCGCCAAGUAAUAUGUACUGGUUUCCUACCAACCAAGAAUCAAGUUACCAGUCAGGAUUUGACAUACGCUUUGCAAGAUUACAUAGCCUUGGAUAUGAUAUUUAUUCUUCUGAAGAUAAGAGUUGUUUCUCAGCAUUAGAUUCAUCUCAUGACUCCUCAGAAAUAUUGAUGGAACCAUUGCAAUUAACAAGGGAAGAUGAAUUGUUUGAUGAGGAAUUUAUCAAUAUAUUGCACGUCCUUCAGGUGGUGCAAUUUUACUGUUGGAAGGCCUCUGACUUGCAGAAAUCCGAGAAGGGAAGGAAAAGAAGAAAUGUGGUGCAACUAUCUGAAUCACAGCGGGAGAAAAUUAACAGUCUGAGACUUACGUUUUUGAAGGAUAAACAACUGGCAGAGACGAUUUUCAGCCCCAUGACGGAUGACAUGCAUCGCCAACAUUCCUUUGAUUGGGCCAGUUUCUCUGCUGCAGUUACUGCAUGGGAAGCUUAUACUACUAAGUUACACAAAGAAUUGGUCGCAAGCUUAUCAUACUGGAGAUCACAUCAAUCUAUAUUCUGUGUUCCGUCGGAGGGGUCUUGAGCAAGGAACUUAAAGAUGGUCCUCUCACUUGGGAAAAAAGAAAAAGAAAAAUGAUAGGGUCACCGAAUGAUUUCUCAGAGUAAGUCCCGAAUCUGACGUGUUUUUGUCUAUCUCAUCUACUUACACAACUUACACAACUUCCAAAAAAUAAUUGUUUAACGCGUGAUAAGUAUAGCUAACCACGUCAAAUUCAAUGUUAAUUUGGGGGUUCCUUUUCGGUUCCCUAUCGUUACUCAAAAAAAAAAUCAAAUUACUAUGUAAAGGUCCAAAGAACCUUUACUUUCUCUUUAUUUUUUAAAUUAGUUUUUUUUUUUUUUUUUUUGACUCACAUUCAAAACGGUGAUUUCUUUGUCUCAUUUCUUUUUGGUGAUAUAUAGCUCGUCUGUGUCAUUUAGAAAAAUUAACUUGCUUUUUUGAUUAUUUUAUGAGGAAAAACACUCCAGACUUGUAUUCCAGGUAGAAUAAACAGGUUAAUCUUGAUAUAUAUAUAUAUAUAUAUAUAUAUUCGGGUCUCAAGGGACAUAAAAAGUAAUACUCUGUAUUUGUCUUUUACUCACUUAUAUAGGUAGAUACAAGACCAUAUAUAAUAUGAUGAUCCAUGUUCCACAUGCAUACAUACUCUCGCUGAGAAAUUAUUACAUAUUCCAGCAUCAAUUACCGCCGUAAAUAAAAAACAGAACCACAGUCUUGAUCAAUUCCCAUAUAAAAAACAAAAACUGAAUAAAUUUUAAGCAUGGAUCGGGAAUGGUCCCGGGACCAUUAAAAAUUUAUUGUUCUUGUUCUUCUUUAGCUAGCUUCCCUAGGCCCCACCAAUAAAUAUGUCAUUUCCUUCAUAAACAGAGCAUCUGGAAUCUACAUGGAAUUAUGCUUUGUUUUUGCUGGACAAUAAUCCAAAAUCAAUAUAUAUAUAUAUAUCAGCUUUUGUUGGACCACUAACACAAACUUGUUUCAGAACUCUGUUAAACUGAUACAACAGCUUCGGCUUAUGUAGUGCAUAUAUAUGAUCUAGGGCAGGCAAUUUGAUGGAGAUAUGCAUAAGAAUAAGUACCAUAUAUAUAUAUAUAUAUAAUGACACUGAUAUAAACAAAUUGAUGCACAAGUAUCCUACUAGACAAAGGUAUCAAUUCCUCCCCCAACCUUAAUUUGAUUCAAUAGCACCAAGUUAAUUAGGUGUUGAAUAAUUAAUUAAUCAGAGUCCACACACUUUCAACCCACUACAUCUAUUUUUCAACGCGUUAAAUCCAAACCCAGCUGCCCCCUUCGUUCUUUCCCUUUGUUCUGCUCCCCCCCUCCUCCCAUGGAGGUGGUGAGGUACCGAUCCCCGCCUCCCACCAUCUAAUAAACUCGGCAUGUUGUAGAUAGUCGCUCGGUGGGUGGAUUUUUUACGAUGUUUUUCGUUGUUGUUUUGUUAAAUAUGUUCCUGUUAGGCUUGUUUCUGGCUUGACAAGGUAGAUCUUUUUUAUUUUCUGAGUUUUGUGGUCCCCGCCUCUGUGUGGUCUUUGUGAUUCAUGCCUCUUUGUGGGUUUUGUUAUCCCUGCCUCUUGUGCGUGGUUUGGGGGGUUUCUUCUCCGUCGUUGGCGGCGCUUUGUAGAUGCAUCCUUGCAACAAUUGUCUUAACGUUUGUAGAUGCAUCCUUGCAACAAUUGUCUUAACGAUGGCCUAACCUGUGGGUCUCUCCCGUUACUGCUUUCCUUCCUUGGUGGUUUUUGCUGGUGUUUGUUUCUCAACAAAUCUGGAACCCGUUCUUUAAGUUUAAUCUCUUGCUUCAUGAUUUGUUUGUUGUUGUACUCUUUUCCUUGUUGCCAGGGUUAAAAAAAAUAAUAAAUUAAUUAAUCAAUUUCUUCAUAUUUUUUAACAAUAUAAUUAAAGCCAAAACACAUGCCAUGCUAGUAUUUAAUCCAUCGCAGCAGUACAAGGGCUUUUACAUGUUAAAAGAUCAUCUAAUCUUUUUUAAUAACAUAUUAAUAAUUAAUUAGGUAAAUAAUAUUCCUCCUUAAGAUAUCCCAUAAAGGAGGAGGUAAGAAUAUAUAUCACACUUAAAUUACAGUACAUAAUAAUAUUCCCCAAGCCUAGCUAGCUAGCUAGCUAUUUGGAUGCCAUCAACC